GAGAUAGUUGCAGAUGGCCCUCGCCUUACCCACAGUAGUAUGCCUCUCUUUAUGCUUGUCCCUACGAAACUUGAUUAUUCACCUCCUUGGAAGCACAUCAAAACCCAAACAAUCAACCUUUCGUUACAAUGCACUCACUAGAGCUCUUUGUCCCAGGACUGCCCAGCACAAUAACACAUUGUCGAAAAUUGCAAGAAUGGUAUAGUAUGUGCCUACAGCUUUGUCCGUCUCUUUGAAAAGAGAGGACAAAGUUUGGUGAAAGAAGAUCUGCUGCAAUCAAGCCAUUGUCAAAAGAAACGUCACGUAUAUUUAAAGGCGCCAUAGACGCACAUAGAUUUGAGUAUGGUCCCAAACUAUCAGCCUUAUAACAAGAACAGCAGGUACUCAGAAUUAACCGAUCUUACUAAAUAACACCAUGGCGCAUCAUAUCAUCAUGCCUUCCAGCGACAUUCUGACACCCCCGUCGGAAGAGGAAAUCAUCUCCUGGCUAUACUCAGAAUGCGAGCCUACUCUCGCCGAAAUGUUUCAAGAUUGGGUAGCGCUCUUCGACAUCUGCCUCCGUGAGAGAUUCACGCGCGCCUACGCGUUCUGGCCAAUGCCAGAAGAGCUUCAUGUAGUCACUGACACCUGGGUCCAAGCUUUGAUAGCGCAGAAUUCUCGAUCCCCUACCAGAGUCGAGUAUAUUCUGGGACUGGCGUUUCGAUCCCUCAACCGAAGCAACGUCUCCGAGCGCAUGAAGAUCGUAAUGCGGCACAUGGAUAUCCCGAGGGCCGCCGCUGGUAGUGAUAAUGUAGUGUUAGAUGAUAUUAUGUUCCCGUAUCUCGUCUGGCGGUACGAGCUCAUGGCCGAGCAGCUGUCGUCGCUGGGGGGAUUGACUGAUAGGAUUGAGAAUGUUCGCCUGGAUGAUUCAAUAACGCUUGGAGAGCUGUCUGAUAGUAUCGAGAACUUUCGCCUAGAAGAUUAGUCCGUCUACAUAUAUUGUAGGUAGGGGGGUUUUUGCUUAUCUUGAUGAAGCUCCGAAACUCCGUAAGCUGAGAUCCAGCUCUAGAUUUGUCCUUAAGUACCUACCUGCCUAGCUAGCUAGCAUCAAUCUACUUAAUGCCAUGUUGUUGAUAGACUUAUAUAUAUCAACAAAUCUAUAACCGUUCUUCUAGUAGUUCUGCAUCCCACUAAUAAUUAUAGUCAAAUGCCGAGUCAUGUCGCAAGUAACGAAAACAGAAUCAUAACCCUUUGUUGCCCGCCGGACGUCACAGCGCCUGUUCCUAGGG